AUGUCCGAAAAACGUCAAAAGAAAAACACAACAUCUAAUCUGAUAUGGUUUUUAUAUUUAGGUUGUCGUAAAACUGCUCUAAUUAAUUAUCUAUGUCAAAAACUUUUACACGACGAAUUAGAAAUACCUCGUAUUGAUGCUGGAAUAACCAAUAGAAAAAUAAUUGGCGCAAUGGAUAAAAAUCUUAUUCCACAAGCAGUAGUACUAUUACAAAUCAGCAAGCAUUUUUGGAUAUUCUUUGAUAAACUGAAUACAACAAAAAGUGUGGGAUUAAUUAAAGAAAUAAUUGGUGAAAGAACAUUGAUCGAGGGUUCAAACAAUUGUACAUCUGAAAGUGUUGAAAAGCUAUUUGAACGAGCAAAGAAAUAUAGUGAUGCUAAAACACAAGCUACAAUGUUAUCGGUAUUACAUAGCGAGUUGGAAAUUGAAAACUGUAAAUAUGGCUCUGUUGCUAUAUCUAAUUGGCGAUUAGAUGCGCUGAAAAUGAAUCGUGCAUUAUAUUUAGCGUAUCCUGAUCCAACACUCAACGAUUUACAAUUAACAGCUAUAACAAUUCAUAAAAAAAAAACAUCAAAUUUUGAUAUAAAUACAAUGCUAGAUGGGCAAAUGAAAAUAAUUCGUAAACAAUCGAAAAUUAAUUUUGAUGGUUUGAUUGAUGGAUCAAUAUUUAUGUUGAAAAACUGUUGUCAUUACAUUACCCAAGAAGACUUAAUUGCACAGUAUCAGUCACCUAAUUUUAAAGAUUUAUUAGAUCAAGGUUUAAAUGAUCGUUAUCUUAUGAUAAUACCAGACUCUGAUAGUCUUACUGAUUAUGUUGAAAGAUAUUUAACAAAAAAUGAUCAGAAAAAAAACCAAGAAACAACAAAACUAAAAUCAAUAAUUUUCUUCAAAGACAUGCUUAUUCUAUGCUGUGAAUAUGUCACGAGAUAUGCAGUAAUUAAGACAAAAAAGUAUUCUGAGAUAUAUGCACUGUUUUUUUUCUGGUGUUGUAAUUAUAUAAAGAAAGUCCUCAGGCUCAAUUUUUGUUUCACUUUCGAACAGAAAUAUGAAAGGAGAACAUAAUGAGUAUACUAGAAAGGAGAACAGCAAUGUGGCUUAUUAUCGUAACAGGAUAUGCCACAGUAAGGAAAGAGCGCAAAAAAUAUUAGUUUGGAACUUUAGAUAAUAAGCACUGUAACAGAUGUAAAAUGCUUGUAAAGCUUUAAAUUGGAGCUAGAAGAAUAGAACGGAAUUCAGACGUUUAAGGUAAUAAAUGUCUUUUAUUUUUUGUUAUGCUAGAUUGUCUACUGUACUCAUCUUAACUACUGAAAAUGGAUUUGAAUCAAUUGGGAAAUGCAGAAUCUCAGAAG